AUGGCGGAAGAGGAGAACCUCUCUGAGGAGCUGGAGCAACUCGACUUCCUCAGAGACAGACACAUACGUUUCUUCCAGAGGACUCUGCAGGUUUUACCUGAGCGAUACGCCUCCUUGGAGACCACUAGGUUGACCAUUAUAUUUUUCGCUCUGUCCGGCCUGGAUGUGCUUGAUGCUUUGGAUGUCAUUGACAGCAAUGUAAUGAUCGAGUGGAUCUACUCAAUGCAGGUUCUACCCACGGAAGAUCAAUCCAACCUCAGCCGUUGUGGUUUUCGAGGGUCAUCGCACAUCGGAAUUCCUUACAGCACCAAGGGUCCUGGGGUACUCCAUCCGUACGACAGCGGCCACGUCGCCAUGACCUACACGGGACUGUGCUCUCUGCUCAUACUGGGAGAUGACCUAAGUCGAGUCAACAAGCAGGCCUGCCUGGCCGGCCUCAGGGCCCUGCAGCUGGAUGAUGGCAGUUUUUACGCCGUGCCGGAAGGCAGUGAAAACGACAUCCGCUUUAUCUACUGUGCAGCCAGUAUUUGUUACAUGCUGGACGACUGGUCGGGCAUGGACAUCCAAAAGGCCAUCGAGUACAUUCGAGGCAGCCUGUCUUACGAUAGCGGUUUUGGUCAGGGAGCCGGGCGGGAGUCACAUGGAGGAUGGACAUAUUGCGCCAUUGCUUCCUUGUGUCUGAUGGGUCGAGUUGAGGAGGCGCUGAGUCAGCGUGAGCUGGACAGGAUCCGCCGCUGGUGCAUCAUGAGGCAGCAGAGCGGCUUCCAUGGUCGCCCCAAUAAACCCGUUGACACCUGCUACUCUUUUUGGGUGGGCGCAACGCUAGAGCUACUAGAUGUGUUCCAGUACACCAACUUUGACAAGAACAGGGCCUUCAUCCUAUCAACACAGGAUCGUUUGGUUGGUGGUUUUGCGAAGUGGCCAGACAGCCAUCCAGACCCUCUUCACGCCUACUUGGGCCUGUGCGGUCUGUCUCUGAUCGGCGAGCCCGGGCUGAGGAAGGUCAACGCAGCUCUUAACAUCACCCAGAGGGCCUUCGAACGCCUCCAUCAGCUGCAGCAGACAUGGAGAGGACAAUAA